AUGAGUGAUGAAGGGCGCCGUAAUCCUACUCGUGUGGAGGGUGGUCGGAAUGGUACUGCGGUACCGAUCACAAUGUGCCCACGUGAUGAUAGCCUCGAGUUCGGGCAUAAGAAGAAAGUUUUAAAAUGUGAUGUUGUGAUUUGCCGCGGUUUCUGUG